UAUUGACAUAAUUGGCUAUUGACAUAAUAUUUGCAAAUGAUGAUUAAUAAAUGUUAAUUAUAAAAAUUCCUCACGGCACACCUGACGGUUUCUCAAGGUACACCAGUGUGCCGCGGCACAGUGGUUGAAAAUCACUGGGCUGGACAUCACAUUUAAAGUACUUUAUUGUACCAUAUUUAUGUCAUACGUUGGUACUAUUCAUUCAUUUUCUACCGCUUAUCCUCAUGAGGGUCGCGGGGGUGCAGGAGCCUAUCCUAUCUUCCUAGCCUAGCCUAUCUUCGGGUGAGAGGCGGGGUACACCUUGGACUGGUUACCAUUCACAUUCAUACCUAUGGACAAUUUGGAGUUACCAAUUAACCUAGCAUAUUUUUGGAAUGUGGGAGGAUGCCGGAGUACCCGGAGAAAUCCCAUGCAUGGACGGGGAGAACAUGCAAACUCCACACAGAGAGGGAUGCGGAUGUGAUGGUCAACGGUGUUAUAGUGGACCACUGGGAGUCCACUGAAAGCACAAAUUACCGUCUGGUGAGCGGCUGCAGGCAUGAAGAUGAACUUUAUCUUCCUGACGCAACAGGGUGCGACUCCACGGGCGCCUUUUUGAAUUGUAACAUCUCAGCCUACCUGAACAUCACUUCUCAGCCCAAUGACUACUGUGUGAGAGAUGUAAGCUUGUGCACGGUCAGCGGCUCCACCAUCAUCAACCGUGCGGGCUCCACUUCUGUCUACGAUCGCUGUGCCUACGAUCUCUUGGAGGACAUGGCCGUGCAGGUGGUGGCCGUGUUCAGAGAGCGCCGUCGUAAAGAUGUGAUGCUUUUGGACCAUGUGGACAUCCACUUUGGCGACACCGAUAUUUACUUGGGCCAAAGCGGGAAAGUUAAGGUUAAUGGAGACUACGUGGACCUCGGCCAAACUUCUGAAAUCCAUUAUGGGGUGGAGCUCUACAAGGAUGAAACUGGGGUCACUGCCAUGUUCCCACACAACACGUACAACACCACGCUCUACUUUGAUGGCCACUCUGCCAUUGUCUACACCAUGGGUGCAGGCUGGGCUCUAAAAGAGGACGUUGCUGAAUAUGUGGACGGUUUGUGCUUCAACACCAGCAUGACUUUAAGUGAUGCAAAGUUGUCUAAUUUGAGCUCCGAAAGCUGUGAGAUGCAGUACAGCGAGCCAGCAGAUGAGUCCAUCAACUGCACCAUGGUGACUGAACACUGUCAACUUCUGAACGGCUCUGACUUCGCCGACUGUCAUGAGCACGUCGACCCAGAACCGUACAUUGCUGCCUGCAUCCGAACCAAGUGCAACUACACGGAUUUGGACGGUGUCAAAUGCAUGUUCCAUGAGGCCUAUGCCAAAGCCUGCAGCCUGAAAAACCAUUCGGUGGAUGGCUGGAGGUCGAAUGCCCAAUGCCCUCCACAUGAGAUCUUCUGUCCAGACAAUCACUGUCUGUAUCAUGAGUUCUGUGCUGACAGCAUCAACGGUCAAACCGCUUGCUUCUGCCGGGCCAUUUUUGCCUCAGAAUACAAAAUGAAUGACACAGUGGGUAAUGAGGCUGUCUGUAUAGACAACACUGCGUCACUCUCUGUGGUCGGUUGUCUCCUGGAGGAAAGGGGCAUCGACUACACUAAGCUCCAUCUCAACGAUAAGUCUUGUCGAGGUCACAAGGACAUGGACCACAUGGUUAACUUCCACUUCAACACCAGCAGCAACUGCGGGGCGGUGAUCAAGGCCAAUGACAGCAAAAUCCUUUACAAGAACACCAUCAAGAGAGAGAAUAUGACCACACCCGAUGGAAUCAUGCGCUACGACCCCUUCCAUUUGGACUUCUCCUGCUUCCAAGAUCAGCCAGAUAUCAAUGACAUGACCUUCAGAAUCAAAGACAACUCUGUGAUCCAGAAGAUCAUGUCAGGAUCUUUUGAAUACAUCCUGAACAUGACCACCUACACGGACUCCAGUCACACUCGGGCUGUGGAUGUGGACACAGAAAUCCUGCUGAACGAGACUAUGUUUGUGGAGCUGACAACAGAGGGCCUGGAUGAUAAUCUCCUGUCUGUGGUCAUCGACUCGUGCUGGGCAACAAGCGGACCAUCACCCACCGAGGGUCCGAUGUACCACCUGAUCACUGAUGGGUGUCCAAACUCGGAGGAUGAUACCGUGAAAGUUGAUGUAAACGGAUUGGGUACGUCCAGCUCCUUCGCCUUCAACAUGUUCCAGUUCUAUGAGGACCGCUUUGACAUCUACCUGCACUGCAAAAUCCACCUGUGUUUGAAGGACAACCAGAUCUGCAGCCCUAACUGCAGCGUUGCGAAGAGAAGACGCAGGUCGGUCAAGUCGCAAUAUGCUAACAAAACGCCCAGCAUCAUCAGCAUGACCUGGACUAAAUAGGUUGUGUUCAUUUCGACUCAAAGACAAUGGACCUUCAGAAUGAUUCCAGACAUACAGUAGUAGUCCUGAUGGGAAUGUCUUUUUCGAAGCUGUGUUUGCUUUGCUAUGAUGCCACUUUUGACUGGAAAUGUUUGUUUAGAAGACUGUGCCUGUCCAAUACCUACUAUAUUACUGUAACACGGUGAAGGGAAAAUGAAGUGCUAUAUGAAUAAUGGAACUACACUGCUGAUCAAUCAUCACAUUUUGUGCAGCACACAAAAGUGCAAACAAUCUUUCAUGUUCAGCUUGUUGUACUUGACAAGUUCAUUCUUGUUGUGGUUGUGUACGACAGCAUAGAU